CCUAGCGGGCUGCGGGGCUGCCACUCUCCGUCCGAGCCCAGCCCCAGCCUGUCCGGCGAGGCCUGCCCGGCAUGUCCCCUCCGCGCCCUGUCCUACGAGGGCCAACCUCCGCCGAGAGAAGGGGCCUGCACACUGGGUGUUCGUAAGAAUGAAAGCACCGUUUCCUUGCCAGAUUCCUUAUUUCUGUAUUUCAUGAACCUACGUAAUCUUGGGCAAGAGCCUGUGUUUAACGAUGACACAGCUGUCACCAGUGUAGCAACAACAGUCCAAGGGAAAAAGACGAAUAAGGAAGCACUUACGUUUAUAUUCAACAAGGGAGUCGUCUCAGUCAACAACUUCUGUUGCAUUAUUUUUCCGAGAUGAACCGAUAUACAACCAUGAGGCAGCUGGGGGACGGCACGUAUGGAAGCGUUCUGAUGGGCAAGAGUAACGAAUCUGGGGAGCUGGUGGCCAUCAAAAGGAUGAAGAGAAAGUUCUAUUCUUGGGAUGAAUGUAUGAACUUGAGAGAAGUUAAGUCUCUGAAGAAGCUUAACCACGCCAACGUGAUCAAACUAAAAGAAGUUAUCAGAGAAAAUGAUCAUCUCUAUUUUAUAUUUGAAUAUAUGAAAGAAAACCUCUAUCAAUUAAUGAAAGACAGAGACAAGCUGUUCCCUGAGUCAGUCAUCAGAAAUAUUAUGUAUCAAAUAUUACAAGGACUGGCAUUCAUCCAUAAACAUGGUUUUUUUCAUAGGGAUAUGAAACCAGAAAACUUGCUUUGUAUGGGCCCAGAACUUGUGAAAAUUGCUGAUUUUGGACUUGCAAGGGAAUUAAGAUCACAGCCACCAUAUACUGAUUAUGUAUCUACCCGAUGGUAUCGUGCUCCUGAAGUUUUAUUAAGAUCUUCAGUUUACAGCUCUCCCAUUGAUGUAUGGGCUGUAGGGAGUAUAAUGGCCGAACUGUAUACAUUAAGACCACUUUUCCCAGGGACAAGUGAGGUCGAUGAAAUCUUUAAGAUUUGCCAAGUUUUAGGGACUCCCAAAAAAAGUGACUGGCCAGAAGGGUACCAGCUUGCAUCCUCUAUGAAUUUCCGCUUUCCCCAGUGUGUUCCUAUAAACUUAAAAACUCUUAUUCCCAACGCCAGUAAUGAAGCUAUUCAGCUAAUGACUGAAAUGUUAAAUUGGGAUCCAAAGAAGCGACCGACAGCAAGCCAGGCACUGAAACACCCAUAUUUUCAAGUUGGUCAAGUAUUAGGCCCUUCCUCACAUCAUCUGGAAUCAAAACAAUCUUUAGACAGGAAGCAGGUGCAACCACCAGAGCCGAAGCCAUCUUUAGAUGAUCUAGAACCUGAGCCUCUGCCGGACAUAAACGAGCAGACUGUCAGACAGCCGCAGCCAAAGAACAGCCACCAGCCACUGCGGUCCAUCCAGCCGCCACAGAACACGAGUGUCCUGCAAGCGCCGAAGCAGCAGAAGCAGCCACAGACGCUAUUUCCGAGCAUCGUCAAAAACACGCCGGCCAAGCCAAAUGGUACCCUGGGGCACAAAAGUGCUAGGAGGCGCUGGGGUCAGACGGUGUUCAAGUCUGGAGACAGCUGGGAAGAGUAUGAGGAUUACGAUCUUGGAGCCUCCUAUUCCAAGCGGCCGAGCAUGGGUGUAUUCAAAGAAAAGAGGAAAAAAGAUACCCCAUUCCGGCUUCCAGAGUCGGUGCCCUCAGCCUCGCACCACUCAGCAGGGGAAAACAAGAGCUUACCCGCUGCCGUUUCCCAGAAAUCGGAUUCUGAACUGUCGACUGCUUCCACCGCUAAGCAGUACUACUUGAAGCAAUCCAGAUACCUUCCAGGUGUAAAUCCCAAGAAUGUGUCCUUGGUAGCCAGUGGAAAGGAUAUAAACCCAUAUACUUGGAGUAAUCAGUUAUUUCCUAAGUCAUUGGGACCCAUGGGGGCAGAACUUGCUUUCAAAAGGAGUAACGCAGGCCACUAUGAAGGCCAAGGUCACCUUCUUUGAGAAGUCAGACGAGGACUAGGAGAAAGAGAAGCAUUCCACAUCAUCAGAAACACCAUUCUUCAGUAGUUGGAAUUCUAAGACUAACAUGCUCUCAGGAAGUUCUAUGCUCAUCUUCUUAAACUAAUUAUGACAAUUUAUAUAAGUGAAGCAAAUCUGCUGAAAAGAAUUAAAAGAUUUCCUUAUUUCGUAAUCAGUAUUCCUGCAAAACUUCUUUUUAAGUUCUGAAACUCAUUUUUGAAGUGCUAACAAUCAUUUAAAAUUAAAAGCUAACCAGGUUAAUAGAGGCGGUAGAUUUCCUAGGGGUUCAAGGUCGCUGGUGUCAACAGUGCUACUGACUCCAGCCUAAAGAUCUGCAGCUCACAAGGCACUUCGAAACUAUGUAGCCAAAGUAAUUUAAGAAAAUUUCCUUUUCUGUGCAUUUUUCCCUAGCAACUUCUUCUUGUAAUAGUAAGAUGCAGCCUAUUAACUAUUCGGCACACGACUUUUAGAAUCGGACAUAUCCCCAUACUAUCACUCAGUAGGCCUUGUGACUGUGGACAAGUUCCUUAGGCUCCCUACGUCGGUUUCCCCACCUACAAAAUGGAGGAAAUAAUAUUUACCAAUGUAUUAUUAUAUAACCAUACCUAGGAUUUUUGUCACAGUAAGCAUUUAGUAAGUGUCUGCUCUGGUGAGAAGGAUGAGACCAAGAGCAAUGUUCUGAAGCUGCUGCUGAACGUGAUCACUGCCUUGAACUUUCUUUCAAAAAUCUUUCAAAGUAGAGGGCUGACUGCUGAUUCUGAAUGGGCACUCGAGGGAGGCGAUCAUGCUUAUAUUCAGUAGUGUUAAAACUGUAUAAGCUGAUAACGUGCUCACUGUGUAAAAUCCUAUUUCUGCAAUAACGCUGCUGUUUGACGUUUGUUGGUUCAAGAGCAGACACUUACUGGGAGCCUACUAUGCACAGCGCUGUGACAGACUCAGGGACGAGAAGUUCAGAGUCCAGACUUGCGAACAAGUAACACUGUGAAAAAUGCUUCAGUCAUAGCUGCCAAGCAAGCAGUUCUUGAAACCACCACCAUGAUCUGAGCCCCGUUUCACCUCCUUGCUGACACACCUGUCUCCUCUCCUGCACGGCUAGGCUCUCGAAGGAGAAAUUACAUCCAUUUCUUCCCUUAUUUCCAGUUUGCUCUUCAGCUCACUGUCCUUUGUCCUCAGAUGGCUUCAGGCCACUGAAACAGCUCCUGCCAGGUCCUGACAUUAUCCUAGUGGCCAGAUCCCAAGGGUGGUGCAAAUCCCAUCAGACCUCUGCCUCUCUGGCCUCCCUCCUCUCUCUGCACACUGUAUCCUCUUGGCCAUUCAGACCCUGCUCCUCCCAUCACCUACCCUCCCUACUCCCUCUUCUCCACCGGGUCCUUUUCUGUCGUUUCCCUCAAUGCUGGUGCUCCCUGGGGUUCCAUUCUGGAUCUUUGCACAUCCACAGUCCCUCUGAGCUGGCUCCUCCAAGCCCAUAGCUCAUAAUUGCCAUAGCUUGAUAAUUCCAAAUCUCCAGGCCUGCUCAACACUACAACUCAAAUAUCCCAUGGCCAUCAUGUCUUUCCAACAAACCUGAUUCUCCUGUACUGCUGUUGUUAGUCACCUAAGAUACAAACUUAGGGGUUUAUAUUCCUCUUUCCCUCCCCCUCCUACCCCAUAUACCCACUCCGUUCUCUUCUGCAUUGCCUCUGUGACUCCCUGAAUUCAGGUCACUCAUUUCAGCUAUAGCAAUGACCUCCUGUCUUCUGCCUCUACAUUUCCCUCCUUCAGCCCCUCACUCUACUGCCCCCAGGUUGAUCAUUCACUAAUAGCGAUGAGGAUGAUGAUGAUGACAGCUGACGUUUAUUGAACACCGGAUUCUAUGCUAAGUGCUUUGCCUACAUCUCAUUCAAUCCCUACAACAACCCUAUGAGAGUAGGUGCGGUCAUGGUAGUGAUUUUGCAGAACGAAGACAAAGCACAGAAAGCAGUACAGGGAUGGGGGCUUCCUGGCAGGAGACAUACUCUCAGGGUAAGAGUGGAGUCAUAAAAAAAAAA